AUGUACGGAAGAAGAUCUCGGAAAAAUAAAAAGAGGUUGCAAACGAUCAGGUCUGAAUUUCGAUAUGGCAGAAACAGUUGAGAAUAGAACUUUAGUUUGUGAUUGCCUCGAAGAGCUAUUCAAGUGUAUUAAUAGAACUGUUCCGAAUUGUGUGGACACAAUGAAGGAUAAAUACCUAGCAUUUAGCUUUACACCAUGGGAUUGUCAUCUGUUGGAACACUACACGACUGGGGAUGAUAAGUGCGGAAAUGACGUCAUAUUUGAAGUUCGGUUUAAAAAGGAGGCAGACGAGACUGAUAUUAUACAUCCAGAUGACGAUUAUGACAUACAGGGCUCGAGUGAUUCCUGCAAAAUAGAUGCUGUUAUUUCAACGCCGUAUAUAACUUUUAUUGUGCUGUUUCUUAUUUUAUGGUUCCAUCCAUGAAACUUGUUCUACUCAAAAGUUGCUAGGCUGCUCAACAUAUUUAGCAAUAGAAGAACAUAUUUUGACUUAUUGAGUAACGCUGACUUGACACUGCUCCGAAGCAUAGGUUAGUUGCCGGUCUUAUGAUUUACGGACAUCAGAUAAUGAACCAGUAUUAUGUAUCAAUGGAUUUUAUUGGCUGACUCUUCUUUACACGUGGGAGGACGGUCACAACAGCAACCACUGUAGCGAUAGGCGGAUAAUCGAAAAUGGCCAAUAUGUCUAAUAAGUAUGAUAAGCUGGGUAUUAUUACCAUCGCAGGUCUAAAAUUACAACACGCUGCUGUCAACAUGUUUACAGUUCCAAUUGACAUGGAUCUAAGUGGUUGAAGAUUUUUUAUUUAUCUAUUUUUUUAGAUUUUACAUCUGUUAUUAACCAAUGUUAUAACAGGAAAAUUUGAGAAAAAAUAUCGUUUUGCAAGAACGAAUUAAAGUUACACGUUACGCAAUGUAUUUUAAGGGCGGUAGUAAAGUCUUUAUUUUAAUUCCAUUUCUUUUUUAAUUAAAGUUUGUAUAAAGAUCCUUUGGAAGCAUAGAACGCAACCAAGCAAUUCUGUUACAGCAAAAACGAACGUACAAGAACUAUAUACAUAAUCCCGAAGGACAAGAAAAUAUCAAAUUGAAGUCAUAAUUUAAUGUUAAACAGAAAACUGAACUGGAAAAAAAUAAAAUAUUUAUAGUUUAGCUCGUUGUUACGAAACGAUCAAGUUGUUUGAUAAAAAUAAAUUUAUAUGAUACUUGUAAGAGUAUAGCACCAACACGUUUAAUUGAGCCAGUACAUGAUAAUUUAGACUAUAUGCAGUAGCGUGUAUCAUUUCAAAGGUGAUUUUGAUAGUUAAUGCAAUUUUACUCCUUAAUGCAGAAUUUAAUGUUAAAGAUGCAGAAAACAUAUUAAGUUGUAAACAAAGUUUUAACUGACGACUAAGUUAAAGAUAAUGUUAUGUCAAGGCAUAAAGAUUUAUGUAAUAAAAUGUUAUGUCAGAAAAUAAUAAUGAUGGUGAUACUUGAAACAGACAGUGUACAUAGAAAGUUGUUGAUGAAACUCUUUUAAUUUCUUAUUGAACUGUUGAUAAAGUUUAUACACAAAAAAAUAUAUUGGAAGAAAUUUACAAAUAAAUCAAAUAAAUCGUUGAAAGGCGGCAGCUCUUGUUCUUCUUUCAAUGCCGAAAAGAAUUUAGAAAAAUGACAGUAACGAAAAACGGAUUUCUUUAAAAAAUUCUGUUAAGGCUAAAGACAAGUAGUUCUUACGGAAAGUACAUGUGUAGUUAUGAAGAAGUGUGAAAUAUGAG